CAGAGAGCUGCAGCCUUCGGUCUCUCUCUUAAAUUCUAAAUAAAAACAAAUCGAAAUCCUAGCGAUAGUCGUUCAUUGAUCUUGAGUGUACAGAGAAAGGUUCAGAAGAAAGAAAUGGCGACAUUCGAGCAAGCUCCACCAGGCGAUCAAAAGGCCGGAGAGAAGAUCUUCAAGACUAAGUGCGCUCAGUGCCACACCGUCGAAAAAGGAGCCGGCCACAAACAAGGACCCAAUUUGAACGGGCUUUUCGGAAGGCAAUCUGGGACAACUGCAGGGUAUUCCUACUCUGCAGGUAACAAGAACAUGGCUGUGAUUUGGGGAGAGAAUACUUUGUAUGAUUACUUGCUUAAUCCUAAGAAGUACAUUCCUGGAACUAAGAUGGUCUUCCCUGGAUUGAAGAAACCGCAGGAGCGUGCAGAUCUCAUUGCCUAUCUGAAGGAAGCAACUGCUUGAUCUUCUUGAUUAAAAAUGCCCAAAAUCAACAAAUUCAAUUGUAUUGAAUUUUUUCAGUUUGGUGGUUCAUACAUGGGCUCGUAUUCCUGGAGUUCGGUUUGGAGCCAAACCAACCAUCUGUACAGCUAUAGGGAGAGCAAUGCAAUUGAGUAUGAAGAGAUGAUACAUCUUUUCUCACAUGUGGAACAUUAGAGAGUGUUUAGGGUCUGACAUUUUGAUGGAAACUGAGUGGGGGAUGAUGAUGGCUUUAGGUUUAUUUUCCAGGUGUAGGAGUGAAGGGCUUGGUGUAGGUAGAUUUUUUUCUUUGGAAUCAGGUAAUAUGAGUUAAAUCCUAUCAAGGGGAUUCCAAUAUGUCCCCUUCUGUACCUUGUUUCAUUUGUCAAAUUUGAACCAGGUGAGUCCCAUGAACAUAAUUUUUUUUUUUAAUGAUGAUUUAACAGAGACCUAUAGAAGACAAUUUGUAAAAUAAAGAAAAUAAUUAAUCCAUUUUUUUUGUUCUA